AUGCAUGGGAAGAUGAACCCGUCCUAUGAAAAGGGCGUCAUCGCAAUCGCCAUGAAUACAGUCCGAGCUGGCCGACUAAGAACAGCGUCAUCUCGCCCUGUUGCUCCUUGUGUCAUCCCUCGCAGAUUUCUGCGCCAAAACCAAGCAUGGCCAGUCCGGAGUAAGCCUCAAGUACUCCAUGGAACCAACGGCUGGACAAUCAGAGCCCAGCGGCCCAGAGCAUUCACGUCCAACGACGUUCAGAAAUCUGCUGCUCCCGCUGGGGCAGCCCCCGUUGUUCCCGAGCAAACCCCAUCACCACCACCAGCUCCCGCAGUCUACGAGCCACCCAACACCGGCCUCCUCGCAGUCCUGCCGUCAUCAUGGGUUCCCUACGCAGAGCUCAUAAGGCUCGACAAGCCCGCCGGCACCUACUACCUCUUCUUCCCGUGCCUCUUCUCAACUCUCAUGGCCGCCCCUCUAGCAACGCCCAUGGCAUCACCGGGAUCCGUGAUCGGGACUUCAGCGCUGUUCUUUGCCGGCGCGCUCAUCAUGCGCGGCGCAGGGUGUACGAUCAAUGAUCUCUGGGACCGCAACCUUGACCCUCACGUCACCCGCACACGACUUCGACCCAUCGCACGGGGCGCAGUCACGCCGUUCCAGGGGCUGGUGUUCACGGGCGCACAGCUCCUCGCGGGCUUGGCCAUCCUGCUCCAGUUCCCUCUCGAGUGCUUUUUCUACGCCACGCCGAGUCUGCUCCUGGUGGCCUCGUACCCCCUGGCCAAGCGGGUGACGUACUACCCGCAGUUCGCCCUGGGACUCACCUUCUCAUGGGGUGCGUUCGUGGGCUUCCCAGCGCUCGGCGUCGAUCUCCUCUCGAACACGCCGGCGCUGAUGACUGCUGCUCUUCUCUACUCUUCGAACGUAGCUUGGACGGUUCUGUAUGACGGCAUUUAUGCGCACAUGGAUGUCAAGGACGAUGCCAAGGCGGGCAUCAAGAGCGUCGCUCUUGCACACGACCAGUCGAAACGGUUUCUCGUGGGCCUCGGUGCCGUGCAGAUAGGCCUCCUGGCCGCUUCAGGGAUUGCUGCUGGCGCUGGCCCGGCAUUCUUCGUGGGCAGCUGCGGUGGUGCCGCCCUCACGCUAGGAUACAUGAUCAAGAAGGUCAAUCUCAAAGACGUCAAGGACUGCUGGUGGUGGUUUGUAAAUGGGUGCUGGAUUACUGGUGGAGCCGUCAGUGCUGGAAUGGCUGUGGACUAUACUCUUAAGAACAUCUCUGAAGAUGGGGCCGAGGAAACCCAAGGCAAGCCAUAG